UCAGAUCCAUUCAAAUCUAAUCAUAAACACCAUGAUAAGUCGUGAUUGGUCCUAAUAGAUCUAUGUUGUAGUAUCUUCUAGUCCAUAUAGGUCAUGAGCAGGAUCUGUCAUAACCUAAGAUGUCACCUAAAAAGACAAGUCAAAAAAUAUUAUUUGAAUUUUUUGGUUAUGUAUGAAUACUCAAAAUCUACUCAGUGUAUAAUCGAUGUGGUACUAAAUACACAUCUGUAUAGAUCUUCACAUUCCUCUUCCAGACAUCUAACUUGGCGUGCUCCAUACUCAUCCAUUCCCUAAUCCAAUUGUCUUAAGCUCUCACCACAUACCUCCACUCAAGUCUAUAAAUAGAACCAUUCUGAAGUCCAUUCCUCACCGGACAAAGGAGCACCAUCACUUACUUCAAAUGGCUUCCUCAAACCUCCUCUCUUCUCUCCUCCUCCUCCUCCUCCUCCAAGUCCUCCUCACCCUUCUCGCACCAGCAUCAGCUGCUGGCUCCAAUCUCUUCAGAGAAUACAUCGGGGCCGAGUUCAAAGGCGUCCGGUUCUCCGAUGUCCCCAUUAACCCCGGUGUUGAAUUCCAUUUCAUCCUCUCCUUCGCAAUAGACUACACCACCGAUUCCCCAGCUCCUACUAACGGGCGGUUCAACAUCUUCUGGGACUCGGACAACCUCUCCCCCUCGCAGGUAGCUGCCAUUAAGCAGAGCCAUGGCAACGUUAAGGUUGCACUCAGCCUCGGCGGAGAUAGCGUCGGCGGUGGCUCGGCAUAUUUCCAACCAUCUUCCAUAGAUUCUUGGGUCAGCAAUGCUGUCAGUUCGCUGACGGGAAUCAUCAGAGAGUACAAUUUGGAUGGUAUUGAUAUCGACUAUGAGCACUUCCAUGCCGAUCCCGAUACUUUCGCAGAGUGUAUCGGGCAGUUAUUGACGAGGCUAAAGAACAACGGUGUCAUCUCAUUUGCUUCCAUAGCUCCUUUUGAUGACGAUGAAGUCCAGAGCCAUUACUUGGCCUUGUGGAGGAAGUAUGGGCAUGUCAUAGACUAUGUCAACUUCCAAUUCUAUGCCUACGAUGCAAGCACGACGGUAUCUCAGUUUCUGAGCUACUUCGCAAAACAGAGCUCCAACUAUAAUGGAGGGAAAGUAUUGGCAAGUUUUUCCACGGAUGGAAGUGGAGGGUUAUCGCCGGAAAACGGGUUCUUCCGUGCAUGCAGCAGCCUCAGGACGCAGGGAAAGCUUCAUGGCAUCUUUAUUUGGUCUGCGGAUGACUCCAAGAGCAACGGUUUCCGCUACGAGAAGCAAUCGCAAAACUUGUUGGCAAGCGCUCGUUAAUCUCAGUUGAAGUAUGAAGUUUCAGCUAUCGUACAUGAAGUGUUGUAGUUCGUGUUCUUGUAAAAGAUGUUGGCCUGGAAAAUGGUAAUUUAUACGUGUUGUGAGUGAAGAAAACCUGUAAUUUGUCUACUAAAAGAUGUUGACGUGAAAACUAAUAGAAUUAAAUAAAUUAGAUAUUUCCAAUCUUAGCUCUUUGAGAAAGUAUAAAUUAGUAUUGUGAACAAGAGCGCUUUUUCGAAUUCAAGAUCUACCACAGAUUUCUCCCUUGUUUUGAAGGUUACCUAUAGGUCGGUGUUCAUGUUUUCUGUAAGCCUUGUGAUUAAUUAAAUCUUUUGAGAAGGGGCAUCUUUGAUAACAAUCUGUAAUUCCUUAGCACUCAUUUAUAAAAUAGUAAAUGAAUAUAAGAGCCCUUACGCAUAUGACUCGCUUGUUGCAACUAACCACAGAAACAAAAGUGGGGAAUAGAAUUGAACAGCUUUUCUUCGCUAUCCUUUUCAAAUUUAUCCAAGAUCAAACAUAAUUAUAAUCUUUCUUUUUAGUGGACAUGCAAUAAUAAGUUUUUCUCCCAAAGCAAUAAGAUUAUACCAGGGAUAGCCCUUCCCAUAUAUUGAUAACCAUCCGAAUCUCAUCCUGGUGAAGAUUUAAUUUACAAGUCUUUGGUACAACCUUUUACCAACUUAGCAAGUUGGCACCUCCAUGACCAGAACCUUAUUAUUCUUAUUUUUAUGGUGUAAGAAGCUUGGUUAGACAAGUGAAGGCUGCUUAUCCUGAAUUGGUGCAAGGAAUGGUUCAAGUGGAAGUCCUUGGAUAGUGAUAUGCUAGGCUUCAAACAUUUACCUUGAAAGAUUUUGAUAUUAAAACAUGAUAGAAUCACGAGUGGUGUAGAGCACAUAACCUUCACAAGAGAAAAGGUCGCUGAUCAGCUGGUUGGCAAUCAUGAUUAGCUUCAGCAUCAAUCUACCUAAAGGAACCGUAAGAGCUCGCUAUAAAAUUCUGAUGGAUAAUUGUGCUAGGUUCUUCGACAGCAUCGAGAGCAUAGGCUGCAUAACAAAAUAAGCUAUGAUGGGUUUCAAACUCAGUAGAGCAUCUCACACAGCUAGCACAAAGAGCAAGUAUGAGAAGCCAUAGCUAAUAAAUGUUUUUUGCCUUCUAAAUCUUUUUAAUACAUUUCCAGUUUGAGCCUCAUAUUUUGACAAUCAGCUGUUGACUGGCUGCCAACCACCAACAUCUAUGGUUUUUGAGAGGGAUAAACAAAAGGGUGCCCAUCUAAGUUCCAAAGAACUUGCAGCAAAUCUGAAAAACUGGAUAGAUAGAUGGAGAACCUAAAAAACAACGUCCGCUAUAAUAUUGAUAAAUAUUGACAGUUCCAGGAAAAUGAACUGCAACAAAGAAUAUGAAGCAACAUGUCAGGAAAAAAAAAAAA